GCUGCCCACCCACUGUAACCGGCAUAAAGAGUAAAGCUUGCUUGCCGUGCUUAAUUCAUUUUCUUAAUCACUAUAGAUAAAUAUUGAGAAGAGAAGGUGCACAAAGAAUCAGCAGUCUGUCAGUACUCCCCAGUGCCCUCCUUCAUCCUGUCUAGCUGAGAUCACAGCCAGUUGAAAAGAGUAAGGAAGGCUGCUUAAACCUUUCAUAUUUUGGACUGAUUAACACCUACAGAUGAUGAAAAUCUAAGCUUUUAACAAAGACUAUGAUCACAAUGCACAGUAAAAUGAAUAUAAAGCCAGUCAUUGUAGUCCAUGGUGGUGCAUGGGCAAUACCAGAUGAUCUCGCAGACAGCAGCAAAAUGGGUGUUAAAAAUGCUGCAACUUUUGCUUUUUCAAUACUCGCUAAUGGUGGGAGUUCUCUGAAAGCCGUAGAAGCUGCUGUUCGGACCCUAGAAGACAACAUGGCAUUUGAUGCAGGUCAUGGGGCUGUGUUGAAUGCGGACGGUGAUGUGGAACUUGAUGCAAUUAUAAUGGAUGGCAAAAAUCUUGCUGUAGGUGCAGUUUCCUGCAUCAAGAAUAUUGCUAACCCUGUCAUGUUUGCACGCGCCAUCAUGGAGCAGACUCCACAUCUUAUGCUAACUGGAAUUGGAGCAAAUAAAUUUGCUGAAAAGAUGAGAAUUGAAAAAGUCCCAACAGAGGAACUGGUAACAGAAAAUGCUGUGAAGGAAUGGGAAAAAUUCCAGAAAUAUAAGCAAAGCGUUACAAGUCUUUUUAAUACCGAAAAGAUGCAUGAUACUGUUGGUGCUGUAGCAAUUGAUUCAAAGGGCAACAUAUCCUGUGCUACAUCAACUGGUGGCAUAACAAAUAAAAUGGUUGGACGGGUUGGAGACAGCCCAAUCAUAGGUUCUGGAGCAUAUGCAGACAAUUUUAUUGGGGCUGUGUCUACAACCGGCCAUGGAGAGUCUAUCAUGAAAGUUACACUUGCAAGACAAGUACUUUUCAACAUGGAAAAAGGUGAGACUCCACAGAGUGCUGCAGAACAUGCUCUGGAAUACAUGAAGAACAAGGUACAUGGCAGAGGAGGACUAAUAGUUGUCAGCAAGUCUGGCGAAUGGGCGGCAAAAUUUACCACAAAAAGAAUGGCAUGGGCUAGUGUUGAAAACAAUAUAUUAACCUAUGGACUCAAUCCUGGAGAAAAUCUUCAAGAAAUAUUAGACCUGUGAACAUACAAAGUGAAAUAAUGCUAAUAAUAAUGUAUUGUUAUUGACAUGCACAUUGGAAACAUAUAUGUCCCAAUGAUGACUCAAACCCUCCCAUUAGCUUUAUCUAUCAUAUAUUGUAGAAUCCAUUUUUGUUAUUUUCUGUAUGUAGUAGGCUUAUGCAACUUUAACAGAAUUUUAGUAUUUUAUAGCAACAUUAAUAGAGUUCAAUUGAAGGCGGCAUCAGUCAUCGGAGUAUGCUGUCCUAUGUAAA